AUGUCACAAAGUAAUGAUAUACUAGAAGCCGUUUCACAAGCAUCCGAGUGUACGACGAAUUAUAUAGCAUAUGCUAGAGAAUCUACGAUCGAACCUGAGGUUACUAAAUUAUACCUUGACAAUUUAAAUUCCAUUAAAGAGGCGGUUAAACCCUACUUACCCUUAUUCACCAACGUUAACUCAAUUAUACAAGAUAUUGUCAACGCUUACGAAAAUGCGCAAAUUAACAAGAAGAUAUGUCUAACGUUGAUUAAUCGUGCCGAAUCCGUCAGUUUAAUCGUCAAACAACUUGAAAGAAGGAAAUCCGAGAAUUUAGAAAACUUUCGUAACAAAAUGUUUUAUCAAUCAUUCCUUCGACUAUUUAACAUAUUGAAACGUAUGGAUAAAUUUAUUCAGGAUGUCACAUUACUAUCGAACAUUAGAAAAUUGACCGAAGUUUAUAGUAUCAAAAAACAAUUUCGUGAGAUUAUCGAGGAUUUUGAUAAUGUCAUAGAAGAAUUGGAUUGUUUACACGUGAUAUUCAACACCGACGAACAACGUCAAGAGGAUUUAAAGGUUUUUAGGUUAGAAUUUAAUAACGUAAUGAAAUUUUUCGAGACAAUCAACAGUGGAGUGGCAACGAUAAUAACACAAAAUAAUCAUAUAAAUUAUCAAGUAAACACCACAAUCUUGGAACUCAUACUUUUAAAAUGCAAAGUACAAAAACAAAACACGAAUUUUGAUGACAAAUGGAAACCAAAGUUAAUGACGAGCGAUGAGCUUCAAGACCCUCCCAGUGAUGAUAAUGAUAAGCAACCAACGGGAACGGUAAAAUAUUUAAAGAAAAUAUUUAGGCGAGAAAAGAAAGUUUCAUUAAUUCCGGCAGACUCAAUACCUUAUGUUACGGUUGAUUAUCAGAAACAUGUCAUUAUUGAUUAUAUUAAGAUGAAAUUAGGAAAUGAGUGCAAGCACAUUCAUCAAUUUUAUGGAAUGGCGAAAUUAAAUCAAAAUUUUUAUGCGGUUUAUGAAUGGACCGAGUUGGGAAAAUUAUCAGAGGUUUAUGAGAAGUAUGAACUUGAUUGGUCCACAAAAUUGAGGAUUGCUUCGGACAUAUUAUCUGGGUUGAUUUUUUUGAACUGCUGUGAUAUCAUUCAUAAGAGUAUUAGAUGUGAUAAUAUUUUAAUGACUGAAAAUAUGAAACCAAAGAUCACAAACAUCAAUUUAUUUAUCAAUAAAAAUACUUCUAGCAAUAAUAGCAAUGCUUAUGCAAAUUGGUUAAAAGAUGUGUAUUACCUAGCUCCUGAAAUAAUAGACAUCCAAAGUUAUUCAAGGAGGUAUACAACAAAAUCUCAAAUAUUUAGUAUUGGAAUGCUUCUAUGGGAACUUGCAUUUCAAAGGAUACCAUACAAGGAUUGGCAAAUUGCAACGGUGCAAAAUCAUGUGUUAAGUGGCAAGAGGGAGGAAAUUAACCUUGGUGUGGACCAGUCUAUCAUUCAACAAGGUUUUAUAAAUCUAAUCGAAGCUGCAUGGCAGCAAGAUCCAGAUGAUAGACCAGAUAUCAUCACAUUCUUUGAUAUGUUGUAUGCUUUAUAUAGCAAUUAUUAUAUGGGAGAAAAUAAUUCAUUACAAAAGAGGCCAAGUUCUAUGAUUAGAGAUAAGGAAAAGGCAUGGAAAUGUUUUGAAGCGAAUGCGCAAUUAGGCAAUAUAUCGGCGAUCUAUUGGCAAGGUUAUUAUUUAUGGGAAGGGUAUUAUACUUCGGCUGAUCAUGUACGCGCGAUCAACUGUUAUAAAGAAGCCGCAAAAAAUGGUCAUGCUGAUGCGCAGUUAAGGUACGCCUUUAGUGCUAUUAAUAGAGAGAAGAUGAACCUUAAAGGUUUUUUGAAAUUUUUGAAAAUGUCUGCAAAUGAAGGUAACGCUUUGGCUUUAUUUAAUUUGGGUGAUGUUUAUUUGCAUGGAAAAUUCGGUGUGGUUAAAGAUGAGGAACUUGGUAUCAAAUAUUUGAAAGUUGCCGCCGUUUUAAAACAACCCAAAGCUAUUGAAAUUUUAAAAAGUCUUAAUGUUACCGACACUUUUUAUUUAUAA